AUGACCAAGGAGAAUCAAAUAGUACUUGACGAACGGGUAAAGGAGAACCAGCAUCUGCAGGAGGAAGAAAAACUAGCGUUAGACGCCGUUUAUUUGAAUCAGAUUACUUACAUCAAAGCUCAUUGGCAUGUCUGGGUGCCCACAAACUGUCACAUCCUGUUAAAAGCCCUCGAUUCGUGCUUUUUGAAUGGAGACCCACUUGGAAAAAGUAAAUUGAGCGUUAUUCUCCAUGUAAAGUGCUCCGAAGACUAUCCACAAAGGAAGCCAGCCGUGGAUCUUCUCGAUCCUCAAGGACUUUCGAAGGAAGAUGUUCAAAAUUUGCUAACUAUCCUUCGACAAAUGGCAGACACGUGGGAAGGAUGUGUUGUGAUCGCCGAACUGGCGCACAGGGUCAGAGAAUUUCUAACGGACCAUACUCCCCGCCCCGCUGGAAGUUUCCAUGAUGAUAUGUUGGCAAACAAGGUCAGGACAGAGGCCGAAAAACAAAGAAAACGACUCGACACGGAGCAAAAAGAGCUGGAGUUGUUGGAGGAGGAGAUGCGACAGAGAAACGCGAUUGAAAUGGAGAAAACGUUGAAUGGCACACGACAGGAGAAUGAAACGCGAAUAAUUGGAGGACGGCGAAUCGUUGUACUCUCCAAUAUGCCUAACACCCAACUUCUCAUUUCCGAAUGGACGUUCCGAUUCUCCAGCAAUCGAAAUCCGGCUGAAGGGAAGCGAAAAGAUUUCGCACCGUUCCUACAGAAGCUGGACGCAGUGUACAAUGAGAUUCAGAAGCUUUGCGAAAUUAAAGGCCUUGAUCAGAAUCUGGUGGAAUAUGCAUUUGUGCAUUUGCAGAAGAUCAGUGUUUCACCGGAUCAGAUUCUGAUUCAACUGAACGUGGCUCAGAAGAUAUUCUCAUCCGAGGAAAAUAUGCAGGACACCUAUGAGCUGAUUGUUCAGAAAUCGAAUCUUCUCCGAUUACUCGCAGCACAAGCCAUCUGCGGUCUCCGAUAUCUUCACGAAGCUUCCAUGACACACAAGCAUCUGACAUUAGGAAGUGUGUGGACCCGAAACAGUACAGGCGACUGUGUUUUUAGAUUCUCGGAUUUCGGCUCAAUGGGACCCUUGCUGGAUUUAGUUAAGAUGUUCGGAGAUAUUUGCUCGGGAAAGUAUGUUGCACGCGACGAGGAUAAAGAGAAGGAGUAUGAUCGACGACGGAAAGAUCUUUUCCAACUAGGAACACUCCUAGACGGUUUGAUACUCGCUACUCGUGGAUCUACCUACUCUCGAGUUCCAACUCCAGUCGAAGGUAAUCAGAACACUGGUACGAACCUCCUCGGCAACUUUAUCGCAAAAUGCCAGGAAGCGAAAAAUAUUGAUCAACUCGUUGAAGAUCCAUUUUUAAAAGAAGAAUGCCAAUCUGAAAGCGAAAACAUCUUCACUCCAUUCGGUGGAGCAAUGAGCCCUGAUGGAAGAAUGCUCGCUGAUAACGUGAUUAUUCGAGUUCUUGGGAGAGGCGGUUUCGGUGAUGUCGUUCUUGUUCGAAAUAAGAUGGACAGUACGGAUUAUGCAAUUAAACGGAUCCCUUUGAACGCGAAAAGUGAUAAAUUGAAUCGAAAAAUCGCAAAAGAGGCGAAAUUCUUCGCAAAAUUGAAUCAUCCGAAUAUGGUUCGAUACUACUAUGCUUGGGCUGAAGACUUGAUUCCGAUCGUUGAAGAAACGUCUGAUGAUGAUUCCUCGCUUGGAGCUGUUCCUAUUCCGGGAAAAGAGAAAAUUGGCAAGAAGGGAAAACUGAAGACAGGAAAGUCGCUAGAAGAUAAAGAGAACAAAGCUAAUCUUGGUGGCGGCGAUUCGUUGAUGCCUAUGAAUUUGAGAGGACUCGUCAAAGAUCACAGCAUUGGAGUUGAUGCGAAAGAAUGGUCGACACCAUUUGGAAAACCGGAGGGACCUAAAUGUGCUUCACGAAUGAGACAGAGCAAGAGAAGCACACCCAGUGGAGGACUGAAGCAUCUAUCCGAGUGCUCAUCUGAUGACGAGGAUGAUGAUGAUAGUAGUGAGAUUGAUUGGGAUGCUGAAAGUGAAGAGGUGGAGGAUGAAGAAUCAGACGAUUCGGAUGAAGAGGAUGAGGAUGAUGGUGAACGACUUGUUCAGCUGAACACCGAGACUUCUACUGGAGCUGAUAGUGUAUUUGAGAGAUCCACUGCUGAUGAAGAUGUUGUGUUCACCGCUGAAUCGGAAGAUUUGAAUGCAAAAAGGCGGGAGUCGAUUGAGCUAAUGGAAAUAAACACGACGACGACGAGCAAGAGCAAGUUAGCGAUUGAUGUUGUUCCAGUGAGAAAGCCGCGAAUCUUGUGCAUCCAGAUGGAGUACUGUGACCGUGCCACUCUUCGUCAGUAUAUUGAUGAAAAUCACUGCUUCAACGCGCCCACGGAAGUUUGGAGAAUCUUUUCGGAAGUUUUGUGUGGUCUCAAAUACAUGCAUGACAUGGCAAUGAUUCAUCGGGAUAUCAAGCCAUUGAACAUCUUCUUAACGUCACAAAAUGGUGUGAAGAUCGGAGAUUUCGGUCUGGCAACGCUGGAAGCAAUGAGCUCAAAGGGAAAAAUCGUCGGUGGUGCCGCCGAGAAAAGCACUAGUAUUGAAGCGAUGCUUUCUCCGAAUGGAGUGAAGAGUAAAGGAUCAGAUGUUCAUCAAACAAGAGAUAUUGGAACUCAACUCUACAUGGCUCCAGAGCUCUUUGUCGAUGAGCUGGUUCACAAGGCACCGUAUACUUCAAAGAUUGAUAUCUACAGUGCAGGAGUUGUUCUAUUUGAGAUGUUCUAUCGUCCCUUGCCACCAAGUAUGGAUCGAGUUUCGACGCUCAACAAUCUCCGAGACGAUAUCAAGAUUCCCAGUGAUUUUGGUGCUGGACUUGCUGCUCCGAUGGCUGGGCUCGCGAGAAGAACUGUGGAGAAGAUGCUUCAACGGAAUCCGGAUGAAAGACCAACAGCUGACGAUCUUCUGAACGAUGAGGAUCUUCCGAUGCAUACAAAGGAAGAUGCGACGUUCCGGAAUCUUUGUGAGAAAGUUAUCAAAAAGCGAGAUGGUCGAAUGAAUGCGUGGCUACUCGAUAAACAAUUCAAAGAGGAAGUUCCGACGUCUCUGAACUAUUGUUACGAUGUGGAUAUUUGUCUUGAGCGGGCCAAGUACAACAAUCGGGAGGUGCUCGUCGAGACUCUUCGUGCCGAAUUUUGCAAGAUUCUCAAAAUCCACUCUUUCGAAAAAUUGCAUACUCAUACGUUGAUGCCGGUGUCGACAGCGCUAGCCGCUGCAUCGGUGCGCACGAAGCCCGUCGAGGUACUGGAUAGAAGUGGAGUUCCGGUGGCACUUCCGAUGGAUUUGCGGCAGAAUUUCGUUCGAUUCUGUGUGAGAAAUAGUGUGCAGCGAAUGAAACGAUUCAAUUUCGGACGAGUCUACUCACAAACAUCGGCGAACGGGCAUCCACAUGAGAGAUGGGAGUGUUGUGUUGAUUGUAUUGGACCGCAGUGUUCUUCGCCUUCUCUUGAGGCUGAGCUGCUGCUCGUUGCAUGUGAAAUGAUGAUUGGCUCACUGCCCGGAAUGAAGUUUACUCUGAAAAUCGGGCACGCACAGCUCAUCGAGGCUCAAAUUCGCCACCUGAAACUAUCGGAUGAUGUUCGUGCUGAGCUCCUUGAUGCUCUUCACCUCAUCUCUGUAUCUGAUCGACCACAUUCUCACAAGGAAAAGAUGGAUAUGCUGACGCCGAAGAUCGGAGCCAAGGCCGCGAACAUAAUCACGAAACUUUUGAUUCCGGUGGAGGAUAAUUUCGGCGCGUUCAAGGAGAAAGUAGCAUGUUUCCGCAAGAAACUAAAAGUCGACGCAGCUCGUGUGCUCGUUGACAAAGCAAUCCGGGAUUUGGAAGAGAUUGUCGGAACCUUCAAGUUUUGUCGAACUGAAGCAAUUGAGCAGAUUAGCAUUGUGUACGACUCGCAGACCUGUUACCGUCCUCGAACAUUUGGAGACGGACUCCUUUUCCAGAUUCAAGUGGAAAAACCGAGCACGAUUGCGAACAACAAGAGGGGUCGGCGCCAAAAUGUUUUGGCUGGUGGUCGAUACGAUUCGGCACUUCUUCGAGAACGACAUCCACGAGAUUUUGUAUACGAAAUUCCUCUGUGCAUUUCGGGAUUUGGUGUUGCGAUGGAUGUGGUCUCACAGAUACGAGACUCGAUCAACAAAUCUGCGAAUAUCCCGAAAACGCCUCAAAAUCAUUGCAAAGUACUAAUUUGUUCGAUGGUGCAGCCUGACGGUAGCAAUUUGAUCACUCAGAAGUUUGAGCUUGCAAAAAAGUUGUGGAGCAUGGGAAUUGAAGCCGAUGUGUUCCAUAUUCCAGUGGACGAUCUUGAAUCGCUAACGGAACAUCGCAACCGAGCUUCAAUAACACACAUUCUUGCCGUCUAUAACACACUUAACGAGGUCAUUUGCAAAACGGAAACAUCUUCGGAAACGAUGGACGUGGACUCGGCGAUUUCAAGUGUGUGGCGAGGAGUCCAAGCUCUUGAUGGUCAAAGUAUUCAUAUGACUCCAUGUGGUGGUGGACCGAUCUCUUCAAUAAGCACUCCUGGAGAAGCUCAUCAUCAUGAUGAUCAUCACCCGGGAACUCCUGUUAUUGCGUCCAAAUGUUUCAGAAGUUCGGUAUCAACAACAGUGGCGACGACGAGCAUCCGACCGAUCAGUGCGACGGUGGCGAAUCUCAAUGUGAUCCUUGUCACGUCGGCCGACAGAUUCCACAAAGUUAUGAAGGAGAAGAAACGAGUGGAGAGUCAAGUCAGGAACCAUCUCACAGAAUUUGUGGCUCACUUCACGAGCAAGACCAGGAUCGAGGUGUUGGUGUGUGAUAUUCCGGCUGAUGUGAUCAAGAAGAUCGUUAGCGAGCUCACGAAGACUAGUUCAGAAGCUGAGAUCGACAAGCUAUUCGAUCAGCUGAUCCAGAAACAUGGAAAAGUCGACCUGUCACCGCUCCGAAGACAAUUUCACAUCACUCUCAAUGGCAUUUCGACGGGCUCUGCGCAAGUGGCCAUUCUCUUUUACCGGCAAUCGGACAAUUUCUACCGUUAUCUCGUCUAGCAUUUCUAGCAUUUCUAGGACUUUUCCAUUUUUAACUUUUUUUUUAUUGUUUUGUUCUCUAUUUGUUGCCCCAUUAUCUCCCUUUUACUGUAUUAUGAUGUGAAUAUUCAUUUUUCUUUUUCUUUUUUUGUUGCUUCUUUUUUCCUAUUUCCGUUUAGUGCCUUUUUAUAUACAAUCAUCUCAAUUUUAUUUAAUCAUUUCAUUUUUUUUCGCCUAGUUGUAAAUAUAUCGCAGAACUCUUUCACUCGUCAUAAUUGUCCCCUCUGCUUUGAAUUAAAAUCAUUUCUUCCUCUUUUUUUUUCUUUUUUUUUUCUCUGCCUUCUUUCCUCAUUCCGCCAUAUCUCUUUAUGUGUUCCAUCUCUCAUGUGCCUAUUCGGGAUAUAUUCGUAGUAUUUAUAUCAAAGUGUGUUUGGUCGGAAUCGAUGAAUCAUUUCAUUUUA